AUAGCAAAGCAAUAGACCUCAUGAAUGCCUUGAUGCGGCUGAAUCAGAUCCGGCCUGGCCUGCAGUACAAGCUGCUCUCUCAGUCGGGGCCUGUCCAUGCGCCGGUCUUCACCAUGUCGGUCGAUGUGGACGGGACGACCUAUGAAGCCUCAGGACCUUCCAAGAAGACGGCCAAGCUUCACGUGGCCGUGAAGGUGUUGCAAGCGAUGGGUUACCCCACCGGCUUCGACGCAGACAUGGAAUGCACAAGCUCUGAUGAGAAGUCGGACACGGAAGGCAAAAACGAGACUGUGUCUUCACACCUGAGCAAUAAUAAUGGAAAUUCCACAGUUGAUACCUCGGCAACCGUAGAGGUCCGAACUCAGGGUCCCAUCCUCACAGCCAGCGGCAAGAAUCCGGUGAUGGAGCUCAACGAGAAGCGGCGAGGCCUGAAAUACGAGCUCAUCUCCGAGACAGGAGGAAGCCAUGACAAGCGGUUUGUGAUGGAGGUAGAAGUCGACGGGCAGAGGUUCCGAGGGGCUGGCCCCAACAAGAAAGUAGCCAAGGCCAGUGCUGCCUUGGCGGCUCUCGAGAAGCUCUUUUCGGGCCCCAACGCGGCUGCUAAUAAGAAGAAAAAGAUCCUCCCACAGACCAAAGGAGGGAUCGUAAACACAGCCAUGUCUGCAGCGGCGCGAGGAAGAGGACGAGGGUCUCCCAUGCGGGGGGCGUUUGUCGGGGCAGCGGCAGCAGCCACCAGUUACCUGGCACCAGGGUAUGCAGCACCGUACGGAUACAACGCGGCAGCUGCCGCUGCACCGGCUUACG